AUGGAGAAACCUUUUCCCCUUUUCCGUCUACCGAGAAUUGUAAUUGAAGAAGUUAUACGCAUAAUGAGCCCGUUUGAAAUCAUUAACUUCGCGAUGACUUCAUUGAAAAGCAAGACUUUAAUUAAGUCUUUACUUACAAACAGGCGAAACUCUUACGCCGAGUUACAAUUGAAUACAUAUAAGGAAUCGGAGAUCUCUAUUAUAGGAUUCCAAGUGUUAUUUGAAUGUAAAGUGACAUCCGAUAAAACAAAGGAUGGGAUGAGAGAAUACAAAGAGUAUAUGGAAACUGAGAAAAUUUACACAUUAUGGAUUUAUUCGGAAAACGUGAUAGACGGCUGGAUGAAAGUGGUGAAAACUGUGAAAGAGAUUUUCAAGUUCAAAAAACAUCUUGUUAGAUUCGAAAUUGACAACUUUCCGACACAGAACAAAUCAAUUGUGGACUUUAUAAAGUCUCUAACUCCAUCGAUUGAAAGAUGUGUGUUCGAAGGAUUUGCUGAAACAGAUGAAGACUUUGAGUACUUUCUGAACAACCUGAAUGUCACUGAAUACAUAGAAAUUAAUGAGGAAUUCAGUGAUAAUUUCAAGUUUCCACAGGACAACUAUCUUGAAUAUUUUUCUAUUGAUCCAGGAAACUGGGUCACAUUUGAUCAGCUUCUUCAUCUGAAAACAUGUAGACUAUUCAUCCAAGGUUCUCCAUUAACAAACUAUGAACUGAACCAGUUUCUAAUCCUUUGGAUGGCUUCUGAAUGCCAUCAGAAUCUGAAUUUUUUCGCAAUAAACAUCACUGACCCCCAAUCUCUCGACAUCAUUUUUAAUCUACCACAUGAGAGGAUCAAUCCUGAUGUUGAACGGAUUGGUAGACUACCGAAUAACGACACUAUUUCAUUACGCGGAGAAAUCGAUAUCAAGAGGAACGACGGGAUGACUGCAACCAUUAAUUUCAAUUGGAGAGAGGACCAAAUGUUACUGCAAAUGGUGGUCUCUCGAAUUGAUUGA